UCUUGUGGCAGGUGAUGUACGUGGACGAUUUCGGCAGCUUUUCCAGCGCGUUGAAAGCAUCAACAAAAAAGCGGGGCCUUUUGAAAUACUGCUUUGUGUUGGUGAGUUUUUUGGCACAGUGGAGCAAAACGAUGAACUAACUGCUUUUAAAAAUGGGAACAUACCUGUGCCUGUGCCAACCUAUAUACUUGGGCCCUGUUCAAGGCAAACAGUACCUUUCUACAAUGACAUUGUUGAUGGCGAAAUUUGUAGCAAUUUGACGUACUUGGGUAAGCGCGGCCUUUAUACGCUGAGCUCUGGAGUAAAAAUUGUAUAUUUGAGUGGUAUAGAGAAACCUGAUGGACUAAAAGCUACUGGGGAUGAUGGUAAAAUAUACUUUGACAAAGAUGACAUUCUAUCAAUACGCAACUCCUGUGUUAUCAGUAAAACUUCCGCUUCCGACUAUAAAGGCGUGGAUGUGCUACUGACCUCACAGUGGCCUUAUGGCAUUGUGGAAGAUACCAAAAAUGCAUCAAAACUUAUAUCCUUUUUGUGCAAAGAAAUCAAACCGCGCUAUCAUUUUUGUGGCCUAAAUAGUAAAUACUACGAACCACCACCGUUCAGAAUACCUUCAGACCAGCUUACGCAACUGGAACUCUGUACCCGUUUUAUAUCGUUGGCAGAUGUAGGUAAUACUGCAAAAGAGAAAUAUAUUUAUGCUUUAAGUUUAACGCCAGUAGAAAAGAUGCGCGUUUUGGAACUCAUACAAAAGACCACAAAUGAAACGAAAUGCCCAUUUAUAGGCAUGGAUUUUCGUGAUUUCACAGUGCGUGGCGAGCAAUCGGACAACAAGCAAUAUUUCUACGAUAUGCAUUCUAGCGGUGAUGAUAAUCGCAAGCGACGCAGUGGUGGCCAGCGACAAGACAAACGUCCGAGAAUAAUGAAUAUCGAUCAAGAAAAAUGUUGGUUCUGUUUAUCUUCUCCUGAUGUGGAAAAGCAUUUAGUCAUUUCAAUUGGGGAGAAUUUCUAUUUAGCUCUAGCAAAAGGGCCAAUCAACGAUUUUCACGUGCUCAUCAUGUCCAUCACACAUAUUUCCUCGGCAUCGUUACUCACCGAUGAUGACUGGAAAGAAUUAACUAAAUUUAAGAAGGCAUUACGUGAUUUCUUCAAAUCGCAAGGUCAGGUUGUUUGCUUUACAGAACGUCACUAUAAGUCAUCGCAUAUACAAAUAAAUGCAUUAGGCAUUGAUGAAGGUUAUGCCUGGAAAAUCAAGCAUGCUUUCGAAGACAAAGCAGAGGAAUUUAGCUUGCAGUUUGAAACACUGCCUGCACUUACUUCAUCUCAAAUGCUGCCACAACAAGGACCCUAUUUCGUAGCGGAGCUGCCUGAUGAGAGCACAUUAAUUACGCGGCAAAUGAAACAUUUUCCUUUGCAUUUUGCACGUGAUGUGUUUUGCUCUGAAAAUUUGCUAAACUGCGAUGAGAAAGUCGACUGGAAGGACUGUAAACUGGAUAAAGAGGAAGAGAUUGAAAUGGUGAAAAGUUUUCGUAAAAAGUUUCAAGAGUAUGACUUUACGCUUUAAGUUUACUGUUUUAUAAUCAUUAACGGAUUAAUGUAUUAAAUGUUUUAUGCAGUGUCUACACACACGCGCCCCGGUAGCUUUUACCGUAGAUCUAUAGCAAUUUUUACCGUGGAUUAUGUGUUGCCGGAGAAGUGGGGCAGAACUUCUCUAUGCGUAAGCGACCUUCGGCCGAGCUUAGGGAUUAUAAUCCUUACUACUCAGAAUUCUCCUUUCUGUGUUGCCGGAGAAGUGGGACAGAACUUCUUUCGGCGUAAUUUUUACUGUGGAUUCACGGUAAAAGUUACCGUGGCACGUGUAAGUAGACACUCCCAAUGUUUUAACAUUUUUAAUUCAUGCAAUAAAAAUGAGAAAACUUUACUUUA